AUCGACCAGACAAAUGCGUCAAAUGUCAGGGUUCUGCAGCUUGGAGAGCCACGAAACAUCAUGACUGAGCUCAAAAUGACGUCUGAUCAGUACAACUGGGUCGGAUCCAUCUACGGGUCCCGCAUCUUCCUCAUGUGGGGUUUCAUCACGGCCUGCCAGGCGGCGGCGCAGAACCGGCACCAACUGUACGCCAUGCGCUUCCUCCUCGGCAUGUUCGAGGCGGGCAUGUUCCCUGGGGUCAUGGCGCAGCUCUCGAGCUGGUAUCGCACCGACGAGAUGGGCAAGCCCGUCACCUGCUACAUGAACGGGCUCCAGGGCCUCAGCGCCUGGCGGUGGGUCUACCUCCUUGAGGGUAUCGCGACCGUCCUGUUUUCUGCUAUCGUCUUCUGGAGGUUGCCUGACUACCCCAAGUCUCCUCGCUCGGGGCGCUUCCUGUCGGAGCGAGAACAGGAGUUCGUUGAGGCCAGGCUCCCUGAGAACGCACCCGUCACCAGCGACCCGGUCUUCUCUGGCAAGGAGAUUGUGGCUACCCUUCGCAGUCCUUUGAUUUGGGCCUUUCUCGUCUCUCAGGCCAGCGUCAACAUUGGAUGCUACGCGCUCAUGUGGUACCUGCCCACCAUCAUCACCAGCAUGGGCUUCACCGGGCUCCCCGAGAACCAGCUGUUAAACAUUCCCCCGUCUGCGGCUGCCAUAUUUUCUGUUCUUGUUGCGGCGUGGCUCAUUGGGAGGGCUUACUUUGUCCGUCCGGCUGGUGCCAUAGUCCUCCUGGCCGGCAUGGUCGCUUGCUUCAUCGUCUUCUUUACCGUAUCUGAUCGCGUUGGCAUAUACAUUGCCUGUAUCCUUAGCAACGCCUUCUUUAACGGCUACUAUCUCAUCUUUUGGGCGUGGCGAUCGGCGACCCUGUCCGGAUCGACCGCGGCAGCCUUCACGCUGGCCUUCCAGUCUGGCAUCGCCCAGGUCGGCGUCAUCGUCGGACCUCAGUUGUUUCCUUCAAAGUGGGCCUACAACCGAUACAAGAACAGCUUUGCCAUUGCUGGCGCCUUCACCAUUGUGGCCUUGUUUGGCAACCUCUGGACGUGGUGGCUGACCAGGAACACCGAGUACGAUGUGAUGAGGAUUCGGCGUGAGAUCCUCAAGGCCAGGGCUGAAGGAAAGGUUCUGGCUGGCGAUGAUAUUCAUGUCUUCAAUGAGAGGCAGUUCUACAAGGGUGUCAGGCGUAACCAGGCCGAGCAGGAGGCAGGAAAGGCCUAA